AUGGAAAUACUUCAAACAGCUUCUCAGAGGGAGGGGGCUGUUGGUUCUGUGGUUGUCUUAGGGCAUCAGUCAGUAACUCAACCAUUCUUUCCAACCUUGCAAUUCUUGUAUCGGAUGAUUCAGAGCAAAGGAUCUGUUGUUUACAUUGCACUCGGCACAGAGGCCACUCCGAGUGAGGCCGAGUUGACCGAGUUAGCUCACGGGUUAGAGCUAUCCGGAUUGACAUUCUUUUGGGCUCUAAGGAAGCGUCCUGGGUCAGCCGAGACCGAGUCAGCUGAGUUACCAAAUGGGUUUGAGGAGAGAACCAAAGGUCGUGGUUUGGUCUGGAAGAGUUGGGUGCCCCAACUCAGGAUAUCGGCUCACGAGUCAGUUGGGUGUUUCUUGACUCACUGUGGUUGGAAUUCAAUUGUUGAGGGAUUGCAACAAGGGCAUCCACUGAUAAUGUUGCCAAUGUUAUGGGACCAAGGAUUGAAUGCUAGGGCUUUGGAGGAGGAGAAAGUGGGAAUAGAAAUGCCUAGAGAUGAAUGGGACGGGUCGUUUACGAGGAACUCAGUGGCCGAGUCACUGAGGUUGGUCAUGGUGGAGGCGAAGGGAAGGGUGUACAGGGACAAGGCAAAGGAGAUGAGUUCAAUAUUUGGGGACAGGGAUCUACACGAGCGGCAUGCAGAAAACUUUGUUGGUUACCUUCAAAGCCACACGUCUCUACGUAAAGGUCUCCAGUGA